AAUUGGGCCGAUCCAAGCACCAUGACCAAGCGCUUGAAAGUCCACUCAUACCGCGAGGUGUGCAUCAUUGGCGUGUCCCGCACUCCCAUCGGGUCUCUCCAAGGCUCGCUGGCCUCCAAGACCGCCGUCGACCUUGGAGCUCUCGCCAUCAAAAGUGCACUGGAACGCAGUGGUGUGAACGGCGAUCUUGUUGAAGAAGUGUUCAUGGGCCACGUAAUUUCUGGCGCGACUGGACAAAGCCCGGCCCGCCAGGCAGCGCUCAAGGCUGGUCUCCCCAACACAAUUCCAUGUUCUGCCAUUAACAAAGUGUGCGCCUCUGGCAUGAAAGCGGUGGCACUUGCCAGUCAAUCGAUCAUGCUCGGUCUUCGAGACAUUGUGAUUGCCGGUGGCAUGGAAAGCAUGACGAACGCGCCCCACAUGUCCAAUACGUUGCGUGGUGGCGCUCGCUUCGGCGACGUCUCGUUUGUGGAUGCCAUCCAACGGGAUGGUCUCAAUGAUGCCUAUGACAACGUCCCCAUGGGCAACUUUGCCGAAGCGACGGCAACCAAGUUUCACCUGUCGCGAGAGGACCAAGACGCAUAUGCUGCCAACAGCUACCGCAAGGCAGUGAAUGCGACGGAGGAGGGGAAAUUCAAGGCGGAAAUAGUUCCUGUUCCCGUGGUGCUCAAGCGAGGUCAUGCUCCGGCGUUAAUUGACAAGGACGACGAGGCGUUUGCGCGGCCUGUCACGCUCGAUUCGCUGGGGAACCUGCGUCCGUGCUUCAACCCGGCGAAUUCGGUGACUGCCGGGAAUGCGUCUCCGAUUAGCGACGGUGCAGCGGCAUUGGUGUUGGUGAGCCGUGAAAAGGCUGUGGAACUCGGGCUAGAGGCCAACAUCCUGGCGAUUGUGCGAGGCUUUGACGACGCUGCCCAUGACCCGCAGUGGUUCACGACAGCUCCAUCUGUCGCCAUCCCCAAGGCCCUAGAACGAGCUAGCAUUGCUAUGGCUGACGUCGACUACUUCGAAAUCAACGAAGCAUUCUCGGCGGUCGCCCUUGCCAACAUGCAAAUUCUCAACCUCGAUGGGAACAAAGUGAACGUGUAUGGCGGGGCUGUUGCUUUGGGCCACCCGUUGGGAUGUUCGGGGGCACGCAUCAUCGUCACACUGUGCUCGGUCCUUGCUCAAGAACACGGGCGAUUUGGCUGUGCCGCCGUUUGCAAUGGCGGCGGCGGGGCAUCUGCCAUCGUCAUUGAACGUGUGCCAUCCAACUAGGCCAUGCGGCAACUGGAGCCAGACACAUAUUAAUAUUAGCUACAGCAACCCCGCUUGGAUCAUGUUGACUGUCUUAAGGUUUCUUCGUGAAUGUGAUGGUAUUCGUUGCCGCACUCGGCUCUUUGUUCAGAAGACAGCGGGGCUAGCUACAUCUGGCUCCACGUCUACAUGGCUUGCCGUCGUACAUAGGGGGUCAGUGCACUGGAGCUCCAACGCUGUCGUCAGCGGUGGUGGAACCAACGGGGUUUCGAUCAUAACACUGUGCACGCAACGGACAAAGGCAGGAUACACGUGAAAAGCCCACUGGUAUGCCUUGAAGUGCUGGUAAAAUGUGCUGGUGAGGUACCGCACAAUGCGCUGAACGUCGUCAAGAGAAAAGAUGGCGACAUACUCGGGUCGGUUGUCGACUGGUUGGACACCAGACGCUGGUCCCGGCAUGUCGACGCUAUGUUGUUUGAUCAGGUUCUUGAACAAGGAAUAAUUGUCGACUAGUGACGGCAGCUUUGGCAUUUGAGUGGGGUCGCCGUCCUUUCGUAGCUCGUCUGUGUCUGACACUGCUUCUUGAGCAGACGUUGCAUGGUCGAAGACUUGGGCCAUAAUGGCAAAAAACAGCGCCAGCUUCUCGGCGGAAAACCCUGCCUCGUCCUUGGCAAACAUGAAGUUGUAAAAGCAAAAGUCGACAUACGCUCGGCUCCGGGGGUUAUCUGCAUAGUGUUCAACGUGCAGCAGUUCGCACAGAGCGGUGAUGACAGCUGCGGGAGUCGACAGCGCCACAAGCAUGUUCACUUGGUCUUUGGUCAGGACUUUCCACACCAAUUCCCAUCCCGGAGGAUCCUUGGGCACUUCCACAACGACAGGUGCUUCCGCGACCGCUUCCUUCACUUCUUCCUUCUUGGCCAUUGAUUCCUCCGCUCACCGUCAAGUGUUGGCUCGAAGCGGUGCGCAGCGCUCCAUUGAGUGCGAAAAC